AUUCAUGGGAGAAACAAAUUUUGUCCUCUAGGAAACAUAAAAUUGGUUUGGUAUGGUGUGUGAAUUGAACCCAUCCCUGUAGUAAUCAUGUCUCAGCACAACUUGGUCUAAUCCUUUUUGUUUUGAACCAAGUGUGUUGUUUAGUUCGCAGAGGAGUGCAGGUAGAAAACUUUGAACCGCUUCCCCGGGAGACAAAAAAGGAAACUUUUGCAGGAAACUGCGAACCAAUUCAGGGAAAGUCAUCACGAAACGCUUCAAAUCUCAUCCCUUUCUACUUAAUAUCUAUCAUCCGUUUUUCCCUUUGAACUUUGAACCAACUCAAAGCAUUUACUCAAACACCUAGCUAGCUAGCUACCUGUCACCAACACAACUCAGAUUGCAUCAUUCCAAACGCUUCCUUGGGAACUUUCUCUUCUGUCAUAUUACGUGUUUUGGUCAUAGUCAGAAGGAACCUUCUAGAUGGCGAACCGUUGGUGGACCGGGAACGUGGCGGUGAGACCCAAUGAUCCCAACUCAUCGCUUCAGCCCAGAGAGCAAGACAGCGGCGACAACGCCAACAACGCUACUCCGACCAACAGCGGCAACAGUAACACCAACGUCAACCCUGGGGAGGACGACGACAACCCCGCCAACAACAACGACGGCGACGAGCAGAACCUUAGCAGCGGGCGGCGGCCCAGGGGCAGGCCGCCGGGGUCGAAGAACAAGCCGAAGCCGCCGGUGGUGAUAACGAAGGAGAGCCCCAACGCGCUGCGCAGCCACAUCCUCGAAAUCAGCGGAGGCAGCGACGUGGCGGAGUGCAUUGCCACCUUCGCCACGCGCCGCCACCGCGGCGUGUCUGUGCUCAGCGGCAACGGCGUCGUCACCAACGUCACGCUGCGCCAGCCCGCCGCUCCCGGUGGCGUCAUCACGCUGCAGGGGAGGUUCGAGAUUCUCUCCCUCUCCGGCGCGUUUCUGCCGGCGCCGUCCCCGCCGGAGGCCACCGGACUAACCGUGUACCUCGCCGGAGGGCAGGGGCAGGUCGUCGGCGGAAGCGUGGUGGGGCCCCUUGUCGCCUCGGGAGCCGUGAUGGUUGUGGCUGCCACCUUCGCUAAUGCUACCUAUGAGAGAUUGCCCUUGGAGGAUGAACAAGGCGAAGAGGACAUGCAAGAGGUGAAUGAAGGUGGUGGCGGCGGAACUCCACCACCUUCUCAGGGUGAUCAGCCGCCACAAGUUCCAAUGCCGGUGUAUAAUUUGGUCCCUAACAAUGGUGACGUGUUCUGGGGACCCCCACCUCGUCCUCCUCCACCUUCAAAUUAUUGAAAUGAAACCCUUGUUUACUUUUCACCGUUCAUUUUGCCGACUUACAUAUAUAUGCGUAGUGUGAUCUGAAGUUUUCUUUGUUUAAACCAGGUUAGGGUACACCUUAGAGCGUAUUAACAAUCGAUCUGUUUCAUUUUGUUUUACGUUCUACCCUAAACGUGUUCCUUUGUCUUUGAUGUUGUCCCUUCUGUUCAAUCUGCACAUUAAUUUGGGUUCUGGAAGAGUUUAUUCGGAUAUCUAUUCUAUGAAUGAUAGACAAUUUUUGUUGUUA